UCAACAUUUCAGUGCGACAAACAUACCUGGCGGUGAAGCCAACGUAACCGGCAGCUAAUCUGUCCCCAAACUGAGAACAAGGUGCACGGCGAUUACACCUCUAACAGAACCGCAGCCAUGUCUGGCGAAAAGGACACACCACCAAGCUACAUCGAAUCUAUCGAACUGCCACCCAAAACGUCCAAUGGGACGCAACCGGAGACCUUUGUAUCUCCCAUGUCGAAGAACCAGAUCAUCAAGAAUGUCGCCGUGGUCAGCAUCGGUUUUUUGUUCCUCUUCACAGCAUUCCAGUCCAUGUCGAACCUGCAGUCGAGUCUCAACAAGGAGCUCGGCGUGGGCUCGGGAAGCAUCGCCGUCCUUUACGGGGCCCUGAUCGUCUCGUGCAUGUUCGUACCGCCAAUCCUGAUCGCUCGGCUCGGUUGCAAGUGGACGAUUCCCAUCGCCAUGGGUGGCUACGUCCUGUACAUGGCGGCCAAUUUCUACGCCAUCUGGGGACUGAUGGCGCCGGCUGCAAUCAUCCUGGGGCUGGGAGCGGCCCCUCUGUGGUCCGCCAAGUGCACGUACCUCACGCAGGUCGGGGUCUGGUACUCUAAGCUGACCGGGGCCACGGAAGACGCGGUCAUCAACAGGUUCUUUGGAAUCUUCUUCAUGAUCUUUCAGACAAGUCAAAUCUGGGGGAAUCUUAUUUCAUCUGAAAUAUUUAGCCAGCGUCCAGAUAAUUCUUCCGAUUAUUUGAAUAAAUCCGCGGAAGAGCUCGCUCUUUGUGGCGCCAACUACUGUCCUCAGAAGGGCAACGAGACUCUGAGACCAACAGACGAGAAGGUGUAUAUAGUGUGUGGGAUCUACACGGGGUUCGCUGUGGUCGCCAUCAUCAUCGUCAGCGUGUUCCUCGACAAGAUCGUGCUGGACAAGGAGGAGGAUGGCGAGACGAGGAAGAUCUCCCCGCGUCUGCUGAUCGCCACCUUCAAACACCUCAUCAAGAGCACGCCGCAGAAACUUCUCAUCCCUCUCACCAUCUACAGCGGGGUCGAGCAGGGAUUCAUUGGGGGAACAUUCACUAGGGCGUAUGUGUCGUGUUCGCUGGGUAUAUGGAACAUUGGCUACAUCAUGAUUGUGUACGGGGUUGUGGACGCCAUCUGUUCUUUCGGGUUUGGUCGACUUGUACAAUACGUGGGCCACAUUCCUUUCUUCGUGCUUGCGUUCCUAGUCCAUGGAGCAUGCCAGAUCACAUUUUUGUUGUGGGGACCCACUCCCGACCAGUACGUCAUUUUCUUCGUCCUAGCGGCGUUUUGGGGGAUGGGAGAUGCUGUUAUCCAAACGCAGAUUAACGCACUGUAUGGAUUCUUGUUCACGGACAAUACCGAAGCAGCGUUCGCCAACUAUCGGCUUUGGGAAUCGGUUGGAUUCGUAAUGGUGUUCGGCUACAAUGACUACCUCUGCGCCAACAUGAAGCUGUACAUCUGCAUCGGUUUCCUGGUUGUGGGCAUGUUUGGCUACGGUAUUGUGGAGGUUAAGAGCAGACGAUACACAAAAGGCAACAUUAACGAAGGCUGAACUUGAUUUGAAAGAAAACGUCUACGAGAACGGGAACAAAUGGCAUCCAGCGAGUACUGUACAAGACAAUUAUUUAAAAUACAAUAUAAUAAAGUAGUAACUGUUAUAACCAUGUUUAAAAAAAACACCUAUUAAUAUAACGAUUUAGCAAGGCCGUAGAAACUACGUGAGGGAUAUAAUUGCUAUACUCAUCACCAUCCGGCAUGAAAUCGUGUUUUGGGAUUUAAAAAAUAGGUCCAUUGAUUCAAAAAGCACUUCAGUUGCCAAUAGUAUCAGUCGCAUAUGACUUGACAUAAUAUCGUGUCAGAUUCGAAUUUCUGAAUACGGAUUGGGUGGGGUGAUAUUAGGUUAUAGAGAUAAGAUGGAAUGUUUUUGAAAGUUUUUAGAUGUUGUUUAACCAGUGAACAUAUUUUAUUUGUUAUUUGUUAUUUAUUUUUUCUCAAUGAACGUGUACGUGAUUCAUAUCUUAUAAGGUUUUAUUAUGGCAGAGGUGGUUCGCUGUAUGCUUUUAGAAUCUGAAAUAUUUUAAAGUCAUGAUCGCACAGUAGUUGACCCACUGAAGUCAAAGUCUCGCGGGUUACGAUAUUUCAAAUGCACACUGUGUGUGCGAUCGUUUUGAGCUAAAGGCUCAUGUAGAUUGCAAGCUGCGCGUGCGUGCGGUCCGGCUAUAAUAAUAAUAAUAAAUAAAAAUACAGCAGAAUUAGUAUAAUACAACAUUUAGUGAAAUAUCUUAAAAUAUCAGUGAAAUAAAAGUGUUAUCAGUCACUCAGUGACUCGUGAGAUAUGAUUGCAAACUUCACUCGCUGAAAUAUAAUUCAUAUUUAACACAAAAAAAAAAACAUGAAAUAUCCUCUAUAAAUGGCUCCCCAUAAUCUAAGUUAGGGAGCAAUUAGUCACUCGUCUCAAAUCUUUUUUCCCACAUCGAGGUCUGUAGCUGCUAACAUAAUAUUUUAUGCAGACCUUUUAAACAGCUAACGUUAGAUAAAAAUUAAGCAAAUAACUUCUUCUCUUUUUGUUUUGUGAUUUACGACUACGUAGCUACAAUUCAUUUGUUCUUUAAAGAGACAGACCCUAGUUUUUAAACACUAGGACGUGUUUUUCUCUAUUAGAGCCGUUUUUGACAACUGAAAUCAGACAUUACGAGCUUAGCUUGUAUUGUAUAGAUUAUCCACUAUCCAUACGUCCGAAGUGAUUCUGGACAUCCUAGUGUUUCUAAUACCAUAAAAUAAAUUUUUCCGUAAUUUUGAAAUCGUACGUACCUCUGAGAAGUAACAGUUAUGGAAACGAGGUGUCUGUUUUUAAAGGUAUUUCCCCGUUUCAAUGUCACAGACUCUUGAUUCACUCUAUUGUAACUUUAUCCAGAUCGUUAGAUCACCUGCAGUGCGAUCAUGACUCUAAUGUACUAUCAUAUAGUAUGAUGCUUACAUUAUUAUAUUUUUGAAAUCUUGAAAAUUAUAGGCUACGUUUUCUUAUUGUUACACGACAUAUCAUUUACUUCUUUAAAAUCUUUAAAAGUUUUGUGGCCCGUAGGAAACGGAGGGAGGGCAUUUGAUGCCCAAAUUAUUUACUUUAUUUUUUUUAUUAUAUAAAUUUUAAAAUGUGAUUAUGCCACUCCCUAACUUGGGCAUAUGCCCCUCCCCUCUUCACAUAUCAUUCCUAUGGGCCUCAUUUGUUAUUAAAAACAGAUCUCGUUACCACUUUUCACGUUGCUUCAUUAAAUCGUGUCCAUUUUACUAAUAAAUAGUUGUUGUUUUAGUGUUAUGUACUUUUGAAAAUAAAUGCAGUUUUUUUCUCUC